AUGCCCAACAUAAGAGUCUGUGCUCUCUUCAGACCUCUGAGCUCCAAAGAGAAGUCCGAUCAUGGAAAUACCGUUGCCGUUCGCGCCAUCGACUCUGAGUCUUUCAUAUUCAAGGAUGAGAAGGAAGGGGAAAUUGAGUUUCACUUUGAUAAGGUGUUCGUCGAAGGAUCAGAGCAAGCUCAAGUAUAUGACUGCAUUGGUUUGCCCAUUGUAGAAGGUGUUGUCAAUGGAGUGAAUGGAGCAAUUAUUACAUAUGGACAGACAGGAGCAGGGAAAACUUACAGUAUGGAGGGACCAGGCAUCACAGAGUGUAAUGAAAAGCAGAAAGGUUUACUGCCAAGAGUGGUGGAUGGACUUUUCAGUGCUAUUAAGCAAUCAGAUGAUAAGACCAAGUACACAAUCAAACUAUCAAUGGUUGAAAUUUAUAUGGAGAGAGUGAGGGACCUUUUGGAUCUAUCAAAGGACAAUUUACAGAUCAAGGAGAGCAAACAACAGGGAAUAUUUGUGAGUGGAGCUACAGAGAUUUCCGUCUUAGAUUCUGAAGAGGCCUUACGAAGUCUUUCUAGUGGAAUCUCAAAUAGAGCAGUAGGAGAAACCCAAAUGAACAUGUCCAGCAGCAGAAGUCACUGCAUGUAUAUAUUCUUGAUUCAGCAGGAACUGAAGGACAAAAGGAUUGGAAAGCUGAUCCUUGUAGACUUAGCGGGGUCCGAGAAAGCAGAGAGAACUGGAGCCGAAGGCAGGGUCCUUGAGGAAGCUAAAACUAUCAACAAAUCCCUGUCGGCUCUAGGGAACGUGAUAAAUGCCUUAAGUUCGACAGGGAAGACGACUCACAUACCAUAUCGUGAUUCAAAACUUACUCGGAUCCUGCAGGAUGCUCUUGGAGGUAACUCCAACACCGCACUUCUUUGUUGCUGCUCGCCUAGUCCCUCAAAUGCCUCAGAAAGCCUGUCAACUCUCAGAUUUGGUGCUAGAUCGAGGCACAUAAAGGCAUCACCACGAGCCAAUCCUAAAGAAUACGAAGACACUGUCAGUCCUGAGACCACAUCUUUGACCCAAAAUGCGUCGCGUGACAAUAUGUUGGAAAAGUUGAGGCAAAGGAUGAAGGCUGAUGAUUUUCAUCUAGUUGUCGAGUUACUAGAAGGCAGUUCCUCCAACUCUAGCUUGUCUGGAGAAGUGGAAUCAGCUUAUGCAGGUGCCACAUCUGUAAUUUCAUCACUCCAGAAAGCUGUAGAAGAGCUUAUUACAACUGUUGAUGAGCUUAAGAAGGAGAAUCAGAUUCUUAAAGGCCUGACUGGUAGCUGCCUGCAUAUCUUGCUUCUUCUCAAGACUUUCCGAGCAUGCAUACCGUCGAUGGUGUUCUUUUGCUUUCUCGUAUUCCUCAUGCUCAAUGUGCUCGCCUUUUACUGA